CUCUCCGCCCCUUCGGACCGGACUCGACUCGCUCGUUCACGCGCCUCCAGCAGCAGAUUCGAGUCUCGAGCUCAUCGUCGUGUGGUCGCAGGUCGAGAGGAUGUCGGCUCGGUGCUGCUCGGUCAGUGUGCUGUUUCUGUGUCUGUCUGGAUGUUUGACCACCACAGACGCGGCUCCAGGACGGGACUGCACAGAGGAGGGUCACUGUCCGGCGAAGCUGACGGUCGUGCCGUCCAGUCGGGGAUGUGUUUCUGAUAAAGACUGCUCUGGAGGACACAAAUGCUGUGUCUUUGACUGCGGGGCUGUGUGUGUGCCGCCUGCUUUCACAAAGCCGGGAGUGUGUCCACGCAGGAAAUUUGGAGCAGGAAUGUGUGCAGAGUUCUGUGUCAAUGACAGUGACUGUCCAAACAGUGAGAAAUGCUGCAGCAAUGGAUGUGGACAUGAAUGUAUGGCUCCAUAUACAGUGAAGCCGGGUCGAUGUGCUCUCCCGAAGGGGACUCCAAUGUGUGCAGAAUACUGUUACCAUGAUGGCCAGUGUCCUGCUGAACAGAAGUGUUGCCCAACCACCUGCGGUCAUGCAUGCAGUGAACCGUGCUGAAUUAACCUAAUGAAGGAGUCUUUGGUGGAUUGAUUUUGCAUAAUCAUGCAUACUUGAUUUAUUUUGCCAUUUAGUGCUUUAUUCAUAGAGGUUGUUUUCCUCAUUUAUAACCAUCAACUAAACCUCAUAGUUUCAGUAAACCUUCCAGUGGUUGUGUAUUCUUGGCCACAAAAUAACAAAGAAAAUUGCUUCAUUGAAGAGUUGGUAUUUUUGGUAUGUCAGUGUUCGUUUGGCUGUUCUCUUCUCACAUAACAGCUCAUUGGCAUCAGUGCUUAGGAAUGUACAAGUUCCCCUCCCCGAGACCCAAACACAGGCACGUCUUGUAAUGAAAGAGACCUCCGUUUCCAUCCUCUCCAGGAGCCUGGCAGUAAAAAGGUCAAAGUAUUUGUCAGCAAAAACAUGACAGUGAUGGAAAAGCUUUGAACUUAAGUACUAACCAACCAGAAAUUAAAUAGUCAGAGGAUGCUGGGUAAAGCACUUUUAGCAAUUUAGUCAUGUAAAGAGAGAAGAAGAAAGUGCA